GAACCUGUGACCCCACAAGAGGAGGCUGGAGGUCUUCGGGACCAGAGUCCAGAAUGUUCUCCGGAUGAGGGCGCCAUGUUACCUACAGACCCGCCUCCUUCCCAGGUGGAAGCACGAUGGCAUUCUGAUCACGUCGCCCAGGACUCGGGGCGUCAGCCGCUGGAGAGGGGGCCGAACACGGCAGCCGAGGCUUGCGGUCCGGUCUGCUGCGGACGUGCUGCCCCCUCCAACACAGGCUUCCGAAAAACAGCGCAAGUCCCAGACGUGCCGCUGGAGCCCCCAGGCCGCGCCCACUCCUCUUCCCACCUGCCUCCCGCCCCCCGAGGUCCCGCCCCCUCCCUCCUCGCCUGACCGUCCCUGCGCCCAAGUCCUCCGUGAGUAUGCAAUUUGCCCGGAGCCCCCGUCCACCUGCUCUUCUGGGUCACCCCUGCUUAGAGGCGUCCACUGCGUAGGAUACGCCCUAUGCUGUUGGGGCAGCGACAGAGAGGCGGCUCUGGUCUCCUGUCGUGUGUACAAUGUUGGGACAUCUGUGCACUAACAAUAAAUGUUCAUUAGAUUUACCUUUAA